GAUUGUAAUAAAUUAUGUAGUGAUAGAAAUUGUCUGAUAUCAUCAUCAUCAUGUGAUAUAAAGAAUGGAACAUGUAAAGGAGGGUGUAAACCAGGUUGGAAGGGUGACGAUUGUAAACAAAAAUGCAAUAACGAAGAAAGUACGGAUGGGAACAUUGCACUAACAUACGGUCAGAACUGUUCAAACGAUUGUGGGUUGCGACACUGUUUCAAUUCCAUGUCACUCUGUAAUCACAUUACUGGUAAAUGUGAUCAAGGAUGUGCAGCAGGAUAUCAGGGUGAUGAUUGUACUCAAGACUGCAUAGAAUCUAUAAACUAUGGAAUGGAUUGUAAUAAAUUAUGUAGUGAUAGAAAUUGUCUGAUAUCAUCAUCAUCAUCAUCAUGUGAUAUAAAGAAUGGAACAUGUGAUGGAGGGUGUAAACCAGGUUGGAAGGGUACAGAUUGCAGACAGAAAUGUAAUGAGAGAGAAUUUGAUGGUAAUGGUUAUUACAACAAAUACGGACCUAAUUGUUCUAAAGAUUGUGCUGUACGACAUUGCAGUGGUUCCAAAUCAUCAUGUGAUCAUGUGACUGGUAAAUGUGAUCUAGGCUGUACAGUAGGAUAUAUGGGUGGUGAUUGUAUUCAAGGUUGUAAUCAAGAUAUAAAUUAUGGACAGAAUUGUAAAAAAUCAUGUAAUAGUAGAAAAUGUUUGUUAAAAUCAUCAUGUGAUCAAAUGAAUGGAAAAUGUGAAGGAGGGUGUCAGCCAGGUUGGCAGGGUGAAGAUUGUACACUGGGUUGUAAUCAGAAUUCAAACUAUGGGGAGAAUUGUAAUAAGCUAUGUAAAGAUAGAAACUGUCAAGGGUCGUCAUCAUGUGAUAUAGAGAAUGGAAAAUGUGAUGGAGGAUGUAAACCUGGUUGGAAGGGUAACGAUUGUAGGCAGAAAUGUAAUGAUGGAGGAUUCCGUAAUCGAACUUCUGGAAUAUAUAGGUACGGCAAAGAUUGUUCUAAAGAGUGUAUGUCGCGUCAUUGUCGACAACCUUCUUCAUGUAACUAUGUAACUGGUGAAUGUGAUCAAGGAUGUAAUGGUGGAUAUCAUGGUGAUGAUUGUACUCAAGAAUGUAAUCAGACUAUAAACUAUGGAGAGGAUUGUAAUAAAUUAUGUAGUGAUAGAAAUUGUCUGAUAUCAUCAUCAUCAUGUGAUAUAAAGAAUGGAGCAUGUAAAGGAGGGUGUAAAACAGGUUGGAAGGGUGACGAUUGUAAACAAGAGUGUAAUGACGGGAAAUUUAGUAGUGGGGAUUCACGUGGAAUAUACAAGUACGGCAAAGAUUGUUCUAAAGAGUGUAAGUCACGGCAUUGUCGACAACGAUCUUCAUGUGAUCCCGUAGCUGGUAAAUGUGAUCAAGGAUGUAGUGCAGGAUAUCAAGGUGGUGAUUGUACUCAAGAAUGUAAUCAGACUAUAAACUAUGGAGAGGAUUGUAAUAAAUUAUGUAGUGAUAGAAAUUGUCUGAUAUCAUCAUCAUCAUGUGAUACAAAAAAUGGUAAAUGUGAAGGAGGGUGUAAACCAGGUUGGAAGGGUGACGAUUGCAGACAGAAAUGUAAUGAUGGAAACUUUAGUAGCCAGACUUCACAUGGUCAAUACAAGUACGGAAAACAUUGUUCUAAAGAUUGCAAAUCACGUCAUUGUGUCAAUUCAAGUUCAUGUGAUCAUGUGACUGGUAGAUGUGACGGUGGAUGCCAAGCAGGAUAUCAGGGUAAUGACUGUGUCCAAGAAUGUAAUCAGUCUAUAAACUAUGGAGAGAAUUGUAAUAAGCUAUGUAAAGAUAGAAACUGUCUAGGGUCAUCAUCAUGUGAUAUAGAGAAUGGAAAAUGUGAUGGAGGAUGUAAACCUGGUUGGAAGGGUGACGAUUGUAAACAGAAGUGUAAUUACGUCGAUAGAACUAAUGAUGGUGUUUAUUAUGGUAACUACGGUGAAUUUUGUUCAAAUCGUUGUACUUUACGACAUUGUCGAACACGCUACUCAACAUGUAAUCACAUUACUGGUAAAUGUGAUCAAGGCUGUGUAGCAGGAUAUCAGGGCGACGACUGUACUCAAGAAUGUCAAACUGGUUACUAUGGUGAUUAUUGUGAACAAUCUUGCGAUAAUAGAAAGUGUAGAAUACGUAAUACUGAAUGCAAUCGUAUACAUGGAUCAUGUAAUGAAGAUUGUUUACCAGGUUAUAAAGGUCUUGAUUGUAGUCUUGAUUGUGAAAACUCGUAUGGACAAGACUGCCAAUAUGCUUGUAGCGCCAGAAAAUGUGCCAACAACUCAGGCUGUCCAAAAGAAAAUGGAAGUUGUAAUGGAGGCUGUAGUCCCGGUUACCAAGGAAUAGAUUGUAGUGAAGAGUGCUAUAACAGAACUUAUGGAUUAGAAUGUAAAUUAAAUUGUGACAAUAGAAACUGUGUAGAUAAUAAUGAUUGUAAUAUUAUUGAUGGAAGAUGUGUUGGUUUAUGUUUAGAAGGAUUUGAACUAGCAGACUGUACCCAGAAAAUACAAACGUUAGCUGCUGGAAGUAUAGCUGGUAUUUUAUCGGCUGUCAUAUUGGCUGUUGUUGUUGUUGCAGUUAUAAUUAUACUUUAUCGUCGCAGAGAUGUGUUUGGAUGAAGUUUGAAAAUAGUGUGAUGGUCAUUUGAGCAGAAUUUCUUGAAGAUAUUUGUCAAUAAAGAUUUGAGUUGAGGAA